UCGAACACUUCCAAUUGCCUUUUCGAAAACAUCAUGACAUAUCCAUGAAAUUUACACCCAGAAUCAUAUAUAGACCGAAGCUUUGCUGAAAGCCAAUCAAUUCUUACUUCUUUUCCCUCCAUUUUCUCCCACAGUUCCUUCUCUCUAUUCAUCAAUCAAUUGCACCUUCACCAUGCUUGCAAGAAUGCACUGUACUACUACUGAAGCCAUGCCUAUUGCUUCCUUAUGAGCAUUGUCCUCACUUUUCUAAGCACAAAAUCAUUGGCCCUUUUCAGCAUUCUUGAAUAUAAGUUUGUUUUCUUCCUUAUAUCGCAACAAAAUCCCAACUUUUUUUUUUCUCUGUGUUGCAUUUUUUUCAAGCCCCAAGUAAAGGUGUGUCCAUGAAUUUGUUGUUUUUGGACAUUUUGAAGCAUCUGAAUGUUGAGGGCUGCUGGUCAGAUCUAAAAGACAAAAACUUGAGCUUGUAGAUCUUAUCCAGAAGAAGGAUUGGUCGAGAUGGUGGCGGAGCCUUGGUUAAUAAAGAUGGGAAAUCAGGUAAGUGGCAGUUUCAAGAAUUCUUUAGCUCUGGAAAAUCCCAAAAAAUCAUCUUCUGGUAAUAAAAAACAAGGUCAGCAAGAGAAGAAAAUUAUUGGGAUUCUUUCAUUCGAAGUUGCUAAUGUGAUGUCUAAGAUUAUUUAUCUUCAUAAAUCUUUAGCUGAUAGUGAAAUUUUUAAGCUUAAAAAUGAGAUCUUGAAUUCUGAAGGGAUAAAGAAAGUAGUUUCUGAUGAGGAAACAAGGCUUUUAGAAUUAGCCCUUGUUGAAAAACUUGAUGAUUUGCAAAGGGUUGCUAGUGUUGUAUCUAGGUUGGGAAAGAAAUGUACAAUACCUGCUCUGCAGGGUUUUGAGCAUGUUUAUGGGGAUAUUAUGUCUGGGGUGAUUGAUGUAAAGGAAUUGGGAUUUUUGGUUAAGGAUAUGGAGGGAAGAGUGAGGAAAAUGGAAAGAUAUGUCAGUUUUACAGCUAAUUUAUACCAUGAAAUGGAGGUUCUUAAUGAGUUGGAAAUUGCCACUAAGAAGUUUCAACAGAACCAACAUGAAGAGAGUAGGAAGGCCUUUGAGCAGAAGUUAGUUUGGCAGAAACAGGAUGUUAGGCAUUUGAAGGAUGUGUCCCUUUGGAAUCAGGCUUAUGAUAAGGUUGUAGAGUUGUUGGCUAGAACUGUUUGUACAAUUUAUGCAAGGAUUGCUUUGGUUUUUGGGGAUGCGAUUUUAAGGAGGGAUUCUUUGAAUGGUACAGUUUCAGGGCCACAGGUUGGUUUUAGUGGGAGUUUAUGUCAUAUGAAGCAAGAUUAUGAAGCAAAAUCGGGCCAGAUAAACGGUGAGUGUGGUGUUCAGGUAGGGACUGACUUGAUGAAACAAACUUUGAGCAAGAGUGUUGGUAAUCAUCAUUCUGGACUGAUGGAAAAGAAGGUGUUGGAGAAUAAAGGUGUCAACUAUGAUAGGCCAAAGGCUGGAAUGCAGCGAAGUGAAGCUGGCUUAUUUAGUCCUGAGGAUUUUAACUUCACUUGUGGGAUAGGGCCUGGAAGGUUGUUUAUGGAAUGCCUUAGCUUGAGCAGUUCUACCUCAAAAGUAGAUGAUGACGAUGAUGAUACAGUUAAUUACGAUCGAUCUAGUCAAAUUUCCAGCUGUUGCAGUGUUGCAAAUGGUUUGAAGAGGGAGCAUCCUGCACUCUCAGGUUUAUUGAGUCGGUCCGUCAGUGGAGAUCCAAGGAAACUUCAAAGUAAUGUGGCAAACGGUGCAAAAUUUGGCUCCAAAAGUAAGCUGUUUGUUUAUGCUCCUGACUGCACUGUUGGAGGCUCUGCUCUAGCCCUGCAUUAUGCAAAUGUUAUCAUCGUGAUAGAGAAGCUGCUCCGUUAUCCACAUUUGGUUGGUGAGGAAGCCAGGGAUGACCUCUAUCAGAUGCUGCCAACAAGCUUAAGAAAAACUUUGAAGAGUAAACUGAAAGCUUAUGUGAAAGACUUAGCUAUCUAUGAUGCUCCUCUGGCCCAUGAUUGGAAGGAAAGGCUUGAUGAGAUACUGAAGUGGCUUGCCCCCAUGGCGCAUAACAUGAUCAGGUGGCAAAGCGAACGUAAUUUUGAGCAGCAGCAGAUAGUUACCAAGACAAAUGUGCUGUUGCUCCAAACCUUGUACUUUGCUGACCAGGCAAAGACGGAGGCUGCAAUCUGUGAGCUACUGGUUGGUUUGAACUACAUAUGCCGCUAUGAGCAUCAGCAAAACGCUCUAUUGGAUUGUGCAAGCAGUUUCGAUUUUGAGGACUGUAUGGAGUGGCAAACGCAACUUCGGGCUUCUUUUCAAUCUUGAGUAUAGGUUGACUUGUACAAUGCUAGGUGGUAAUUUCUCAACUUUCUGCAUUGUAUAAUACAAGUAUAAGAUAGUUUAACAGAUGUGAAUAUCAAAGAAAAUAUGAAUCCCAAAAAUGGAGCAGCACUCAAUGUAAUUGUAUUGCAAGAAACGGAUUCACAA